GCCAGUCUAAGAAGUCAACACACAGUCGAAAGCCUAAUCGAAAUGAAGUUCGUCGCUAUUAUCGCCACCAUUUGCCUGCUGGGCACAUCCGUUGCCGCCGAGAAGAGGCAGACCGUGGGCUCGGCCUACGGCGGUGGAUACGAGAAGCCGGCAGCAGCUCCGUCCUACUCUGCCCCAGCAGCUCCAUCCUACUCUGCCCCCGCAGCUCCGUCCUACUCUGCCCCCGCAGCUCCGGCGUACGCGGCCGCACCCGCUGCUCCUGCCUACGCGGCCCCCGCUCCGGUGUCCAUUCCGGCCCCACCUUGCCCGAAGAACUACCUGUUCAGCUGCCAGCCCAACCUGGCUCCAGUCCCAUGCAGUGCUCCGGCGCCCAGCUACGGAUCCGCCGGCGCCUACUCGCAGUACGCCCCUGUCUACGCACCCCAACCCCUCCAGUGGUGAGGAGAGGAGAUUAGAAGCAUCCAAAAGUGGAAAAUGACAACAAUAAAAAAAUAUUUAUUAUGCAACAUAAA